GAGGGUUGUCGGUUGGAGCUCCGAUGACUCGAGGGGUUUUGCUGCAUGGAUGUCCGCGCACUGGAUGAUAGUGAGGGUCAUUUUGGCAGCGGGCUGGUGAAAUCAUGCUGUGGUGGCGGUCCUGCUGCGGGCAUGGUUGAGCUUGGUGGUGGUUUGUGGCGGGACGUGAACCCGUUGGGAGCGGGAGGCACGAAAUGGGCGUUAUCACCCACGACGGGAGUCAGGCAAAACAUGAAGCACUUGUUGAACGAGUUCAAGGGCAUGUACGAGGAAAAAUUGAGACACUUGGGAAAUAAAGAUGAAAGCAAAGAGACGCUAAAGAUGAAGCUAAGAAUUCUUCAGUCUUAUGUAAAUGAUCUUGGUGACCAAAAUGAAGUCUUGGUUCAGACAAUUGAAGACAUUGAAAAAGAAGCAAAUGAAAAGAUUACGAAUCUGGAUAACAGACUGCGGAGAGCUGACCAACUAUUAAAUGUACAACAAUUAAAAUGGGAGACAUCUAAAGAAGAAACUGAUCGUCUACAUGAAGAAAACAUGAAUGUAAAAAUUGAUCUCAACACUCUGAUUUGUGCUAUUCAGCAAGCUGACAAAAUGCAGAAAUUUGACGCCAUGUCCCUUCUUACCUUGGCAAAUCUGCAGCUUUGCCAACUCAAAGUGGAAGCAAGAUGA